CCGCUUACAACUUAAAAGUCACAGAUAGUCGAUGAUAUUGCAAGUGCUAUAAAAUGUGCUGUCGUCUCACUGCUAUACGCAUCUAUCAGUGUGCAACUAUCAGUGUAGAGGUGAACUGUCACACUUGACACACGUCUGACGUUUAGCGUAAAUAAAUAGAAAAAAACUGUGUUAUUUGUCGUCCAAUCGAAGUGAGAAAGGAAUAAAAUGUGAAAUGUGUAUAUGAUACAAUUGCAAUAAAUAUUUAGCGUUUCAUAACAUUUUCAACAUUUAUUACGUUAUUCAUUGUCUUUGUUUGUCAAAAAUUGGCUUCAAACCAAGUGUUUUGGUGACUUCGUGAUUUUCGUUCAAUAUUGUAUGGUCUUGGUGCACAAUUUAUCAUCAUAUGUCGCUUGAUAAUUGGUGCGAAUCGGAAAUGUUCACCCAACACAAAUUGAGUUGAGCAAUUGUUUUGAACGUUUUACAGUGUGCUUACGGGAAUCUCGCAUAGAACAAACGUGUGAUUGCUUAAAUUGCUGUUUGUCAGUCGCCGACAAGCAAAAUAUGGGGUUUGACGAAGAGAAAGCGUAUGAAAAACUGGUCGCAGAAUAUGAAAAUCUACGCAAGGCCAUUCUUGAGAACAAUGUGAAUAUUACCAAGCGCAUAAUUAACGAUCUGAAUAUUGAUAAAGAGAUUGUUGUUAAUUUUUCACCCAGAGAAGAUAAUUCCUUGCUAUUUAUUGCUUGUCAAAAUGGCUAUGUGGAUCAAGUGAACUGUUUAAUUGGCGCGGGUGCUAAAUGUACCGCACACAAAAGCACCAAAUGUACACCAUUGUAUGCAGCGAUCCGUGGCGGUCAUAUUUCGAUUGUGAAAAAACUAUUGGCCCAUUUCCCUGAAGCAAUCAAUGUUAUGACAUCUGAGAAUUGGUCACCACUCCAUGUCGCUUGUAUUAAUGGAAAAAAUGACGUUGUUGACUUGUUACUUGCAUAUCCGUUUGCUAAAGAUUUGUUACAGAAAUUCAGAGUCGGUGAUUGGGAAUAUGAAUGUGCGUACAAUCCAAAUCAGUUGGAUAACUUCAAUCAAACGCCAUUGUACAUCGCAUGCUUGUCGGGCAAUGAUGUAAUUAUCGAAUCUUUGCUCAACUGGCGACUAAUUUGCACACACGUGACAAGGCCCGAUUGUCAGAUGCUGCUCUCACCAAUCGAUAUGAAUGUGCAGUGUGCUUACGUAAAAGAGACUGCCUUGAUGGCGGCCGUUCGAGGCGGUUUCCUCUACAUAGUGUUCAUUUUGUUGCGUAAUGGCAUCAAUCCGAAUAUUUACAACAGCAAUUUAAUCGAAGAUUUGGACAGCGAAGAAUGCAGUGGAAACUCCGUGCUGAUUGAAGCUGUGCGCCAGAAAUCGUUUCUGAUGACUGAGCUCCUUCUCAGGUUUGGAGCCAAAGAUGCAAAUUCAUGCGCUGUAAAGAUUGCAUGUGUAAACGAAGAUGAGGAACUAAUUCAUUGCCUUCUGGCAAGGCAUGCACAUGAAGAUUCCGAACACAAGCUCAACGAAUCUGAUCUGCUGACUGGUAGCAAUUUAGGACAAACAUUGCCUUCAUAUUGCAAUACGUAUUGUAAUUUAUUUCCAACGAAUCCCACUGUGAUCGACUGGAAUUUUACCAGUUGUCAAUUACCAGAAAUCAAAGUGAAAUGGUUGCUUGGAGCAGUUGCCAACUGUAAUCCAAAAUUGAAAACGUCCUCAACACUAAACCAAAUCUCCCUCGGUGCAAUAACGCGCAUCGAUAUAUCACACAAUUCCCUCACAUGGCUUCCGCCAGAAAUAUUUUCAAUGUGCAGUCUGACGUAUUUGAAUGCAGCUCAGAAUAAAAUCGAACAAUUGCCUUCAUCAAGCGAAUGUUCAUACAACAGCCCGGCUUUGGAAGAGAUCUAUCUACAGGACAACAGUUUAGAGGAAAUUCUGCCCGAAAUUUUUCGAUUACCAUCGUUAGCCACUCUAGACAUUUCAAAUAACAAGCUACAGCGCAUUCCAUUUGAUAUGUGGAAAGCACCAAAACUUCGUGAACUGAAUAUUGCUUUUAAUUUGCUCAAAGAUCUUCCAACAUCUGAGGAUAGCGAUUCACCAACUAUGUUCAAGUAUAAGUCCACAGAUUUGAAGGCGAUUUCACAUCGACCAGCUAAAAAUGAGCUAAUUCAUCAGAAUAUUUGGUCGAAAUCCCUUGAAAUUGUCGACCGCGACACAACACAAUUCUCAGAACUUCGAGGAUCGUCAGCUUUACGCAAUUUAAAUCUUUCGAAUAAUUUAUUCACCAGCAUUCCACCCGCACUUCCAUGCCUUGCCGAAAAUUUGUCACGCCUCAAUAUGUCGUACAAUAAUCUUAGAUCGAUGGGACAUGUCACAAGUUACCCAGUCUUUUUACGGCAAUUAGAUUUGAGUCAUAACGAAAUCUCAUGCUGGCCAAGUUUAGUUACCGUUAACUCGGGAGACCCAUAUUUAGCGUGUUAUAACGAUCAAAGCGGCGACGAGAAUAAGUUUAAAUCAUCACGUAGCUCAGUAAUAGAAAAUCUACAAACAGAUGUCUAUCAGAAUUUAUGCUGUCAUAAGAAACAUUUAAGACUGGAAUCGUUAAAGACACUGAUACUAGCUGAUAAUGCGCUCACCAAAAUUCAACUGUCAACCGAUGACAUCACAACUUUUAGCGAAACAGAAGAAACCGAAUGGACCAAUAUUGGUGUAACCAAACUACGACUGCUGUAUCCAAAUUUGUCUAUGUUAGAUAUAAGCAAUAAUUGUUUAAAGGAAGUGCCGCAAUUUUUGCAUAAACUCACCAACUUGAGUAUAUUGAAUAUAAGUGGAAAUGUGGAAAUAACGGAGUUGCCAGCAAAUAUGGGUCUUUUGUAUCGCUUGUGGAAUUUAAAUACGAAAGGUUGUUCAUUGCAAGGCUACCUCAGCCAGAUGAUUGAAAGUAAAAAAUUCAAGACUAUGGAGAUUAUCGGUUAUCUGAAGUCGAUUUAUGAGGACGCCAAACCGUAUGCACGCAUGAAAUUGAUGGUUGUUGGAAAGCAAGGCAUCGGUAAAACCAGCAUUUUGGAGCUACUACGUGAGAUGUAUCCAAAUCAAAAUAAGAAAAUGCUGGGUGAUCAUUGGACAAAGCGUAUGGGAGCGACCGUUUCAUCGAAUUCGAAAAAGAAAAAUUAUAAUAUUUCGACAGUGGGCGUUGAUAUCGGUGACUUGGUUUGUGAAGAGAAAAAGAAGAACGGUGGCUCAUUGUACGGACCGGUUGUGUUCCGGACCUGGGACUUUGGGGGACAAAAAGAGUACUACGCUACACAUCAGUACUUUUUGUCAAAACGGAGUUUAUACUUGGUUGUGUGGAGGAUUGAUGAAGGAAAAAGCGGCUUGAUUGAAGUGUUGCAAUGGUUAGGGAACAUUCAAGCAAGAGCGCCGAACUCACCUGUCAUCAUCAUUGGUACACAUCACGAUAACAUUGGUGAAAAUAUCUCAGAGGCCGAAGCCGUCUCGUUGCAACAAUACAUUCGAGAACGAUUUAUUGCUGUUACCGAUUCAGAGAAGAUUGGCUUACCCAAAGUCAUGAGCUCGAUUGAGAUCAGUUGCAAAACUCAUUACAACGUUCGCGAGUUGGGAUCGCUAAUUUAUGAUACCGUUUUUUCACUCAAAUCCCCCGGAUCGAAGGAACUGCUUUUACAUCAGAAUGUUCCAGCAAGCUAUUUGGCUUUGGAGGAUGUAGUUGCCAAUAUAAGCACCUACUUAAAGCAAGUUGGCUCUGACCCUGUUUUGAAUUAUGAAAACUUCAAGCAAAGGGUGUACCAGGAAAUGCACUUUCAAAACUUCAAAUCAUUUCGUGAUACAGCUGAACUUCAUCAGGCAGUGCUGUUCCUACACGAAAAUGGUGUUCUGCUUCAUUACAACGAUUCGACGCUUCGUGAUUUCUUUUUCCUGGACCCCCAAUGGUUGUGCGAUAUGCUGGCUCAGGUUGUGACAAUCAAAGAGAUUAAUCCAUUCGUGAAGAAUGGAGUGAUGAAAAUCGAUGACAUCAAUCAAUUAAUCAAAACAACUGCCGGUACUGAUCGAAAAUAUAUAUUGAGUCUGUUGAACAAGUUCGAGGUUGCUCUUACCUGGGAUCUCAGAACAUUGCUCAUCCCAUCGCUUUUGCCACUAACAGAAGAUGAACCAGAAAACACAAUCACUCUAAAGGUUGUCUCAAAGUCACCAAAGCGGAAAAUGUCCACAUCCGAAUCGAAUCUACUGCUAAAAACCAGCGACCGGUCGUCGGAAUUAUUUGGCACCGGAUUCAAGCCGCUUUCACGGCUAUUAUUAAUUUCGUAUUUCCCGUCCGGAUUUUGGUCACGUCUUAUGAUUCGCAUUCUUGCAGACAAUCAAAUUGGUGAAAUUGCUCAGAGCAUUUACAGCAUUCCCGAUGAUGCAACUUCAUCGAUUAAAAUACACUGGAAGCUUUGGCAGACUGGCAUGGAACUAUAUGUGGCUAAUACGCUUAUUUUCAAACUGCGAGAGAUUUCGUUGACCUGCUUGAACUCACCGUUUCGCAAUGAUUUGAACAAAUUCAAAAUCAAACAAGAUGGCAUAUGGUCGGACGUUGAUCUGUCUCGAUCAAGUAUUUUGGAAAUAAAUUUCCCACUUCACAAAUUAACGCAAAGUGAUGAUAAUGAGCAAACGAAAAGUAUUCCACCGAAUAUUCAAGGGAUAACAAAGCUGCUGUCCGCAUGCGUUGAUCAUGUUGAUAUUCUGUUAGAAGACUGGUACCCUACGAUUGGCACUCGAUUUGUACACACAUCGGAGGGUCGGUUUUUAGUUACUCGUCUCGUUCCAUGUCCGGUGUGCAUCGAACGUACACAACAGAAACAAACUAAAAGUCUAUCGACCAGUUCAAUGAAUGGCUCAUUCCGGCAGUCGAAUGAAAAUCUGCUGGACGUUUCGAAUAGCAUCGACGAUAAAGGGUAUUUGCAAACAACCAUUUGGAAUUAUCUAUGGACUAUCGAAGAAUGCGUUCUAUCAACUUAUGACAAAAAGGUGUUGGUUUGUCCGAUUCACGGUGAUGUUUCGGUCAUUCAAAUCGCUCCUGAUUUGAUGUUUUUGGAUUUAAAUGGAGAAAACGUCAUUGAUGUGACUGAAAUCACAAAAGGCAAUUUGAUUGGAAGAGGCGCAUUUGGAUUUGUGUUCAAGGCGACGCUCUAUAAACCAGCCGAUGAGCAAAGAUCAGUAGCGAUGAAAAUGCUGCAACCAGUUCAGCCGGGAAUACGAACGGGAAAGAGUGCCUUGAUGGCAUACAAAGCCGCUUUGGAAAAAUGGCGACGUGAACCCUUGCAACACUCAACACGGGCUUAUUUCACCGCACGUCAGGAACUAACCGUGAUGUUGAACUUAAGACACACAAAUAUCAUGUCGUUGAUUGGCGUCUGCAUGCAACCGCUUGCAAUAAUUUUGGAUUGUGCACCCUACGGUGCAUUAGACACGAUCAUUCAAAAGUAUCGCCGAUGUGGAUCGCGCAUCGGACCCUAUUGUUUUCAGUUGAUUGUACUCCAAAUAUCUCGGGCUAUUGAAUACUUACAUCGCACUCACAUCAUCUACAGAGAUUUGAAAGCGGAAAAUGUGCUCGUGUGGAAGAUUCCGGAGCCUACCGAUGCCGACACUCCGCACAAUCCAGUUCACAUUAAAAUUGCUGACUAUGGAAUUAGCCGAAUUUCUCUGCCGACAGGAACUAAGGGCUUUGGUGGCACUGAGGGUUUUAUGGCUCCUGAGAUCAUAUGUCAUAACGGAGAGGAAGAGUAUACCGAGAAAGUUGAUUGUUUCUCAUUCGGAAUGCUCAUAUACGAGUUGAUCACUCUUCGACAACCAUUUGGCCAUGAAACGGUGAAAGAGUCGAUUUUAGAAGGAUCGCGGCCGGUGUUCACAUCACGAGAAGUUAUGUUUCCGAGCUACUGCCUUGAUGUAAUGGUUCUGUGUUGGGAUCAUCAGCCAAAAAAUCGGCCAUCGGCCAGCCAAAUCGUUUCAAUCGCAUGCGCUCCAGAAUUUACUCACUUAAUCGACGUUAUUCUAUUGCCACAUAGUGAUGAUGUACUCGCAAUGGUCACAUUGAGCAAUCAGAAAUUCCAACGAGGAGACUCAUUCAAGCUAUGGAUUUCGAUCGAGCGUUGCAUUGAGCUCAUCACGGGCUAUGAACAUGGAUGGGUGUCAUAUCAACGAUAUCAACCAUCACAAGUGCUUCCGAUCAAAGGAACAAAUUCUCCACCCAGAAUGACAGCAAUAUGUAGCGUUAAAAUGAACACCAUUUGGAUUGGCGACUCGAAAGGAUCGAUCCAUUCAUAUAAUGAAUCGGAAAAUACGUGCGCGUUUUCCUAUGAACUUGAUAAUGCAACCGUCAUCAAAAUAGAAUGCAUAGCUGGAACCAAUUUUGUGGCAGCGGGACUUGAAAAUGGAAGAAUAUAUAUCUUAGAUUCGACCUGUUAUCCGAUCAAAUGCGUCAAUGCCAAAGAUGAUUUUAUUCUUGCCGAACAAUGCAUCAAUAGCAAAUUGUCCAGUUUGACGACAUUUUGUAACGGCUUGAGAUCGUGUGCGAUUUGGUGCGGUCACAGCCAUGGAAAAUUGACUAUUUUCGAAUUCAAAACCGACACCUUUGAAUCACGGCAGUUCAACUUGCAACAUGCCAACUGUAGUGGCGAAAUUUCAGUUAAAAUUCUUGCCACAUCACAGAAUUCUGUUUAUUCAUAUCCUUCGCCUGGAUGUGUUCUGUACCAAUGGAGUACGCUGUCGAAGAAACUCAUCAAUCAACUGGAUUGUUUGAAGUUGGUUCCAUGCUCAGAGAGUUUGGGUAGUAUAUCCAUUGACAAAAGUUUGAGUGUUGGCAGAUGCCAGAUCACCGCUGUUUGUGUGCUUAACGAGAAUAUUUAUGUCGGUACAUCUUGGGGCUGUUUGAUUGUUGCUGAAAAUACGACCCUCACUCCCACAACGGUGUUCCGACCGUACGAAGAAGAGGUGCAGUACAUUGCAGCAGUGCCUCCUGAAUGUACAUCAAAUACUCCGGUGAUCCUAUCAGUUGGAAAGGGAUAUCGUUCUCUCAUCAACCGUUACACAGAUGUGGAUCCAUCAAAGACCAAAGAAAAGAUAAACCACCAAACCCAUUGCAUAUUAUGGCGAGCCGAACAUUGGACGCCAAUUUAAUAGCAAAUUUUUCUAUGACCUAAAACGAUUUUCUACCAAAAGAUUAUUUUUUUUCUAUUUUGACUUUUUGUUUGCAAAUUUUUUAUUUCAUUGCAAUUUUUCUUUUGACCCAAUUGCAUUUAUACAUUCCUAAACAUACUCCGAAUCCGCUACUUUGAGCGGAUCACAAUCAAAAUAAUUUAUUUAAUUUAUUUUUUUGACUUUAUUACUUAACUGUGUUAACAUUUAGAAAGAACAAAAAAGAUUCCUUUUGUUUUGGUGUGAUUGAGAAAUAAAAUCAUUUUGUAAAGCAUA